AUGCCAGUCACUUUCGGUGCUGUAGGCGACAUCAUUUCGGUCGUUUUACUCGUGAAAAAUCUAGUAGCAACGCUCGACGAGGCUCGUGGCUCCAAGGCUGAGUACCAGGCUGCCAUACAUGAACUUUGGCUCCUUGACCGCACUCUGCUUGAAAUCGAACUGCUCACUAGAGAGCAUGCAGACGGCGCUACGCCAGAGUUACGAGGCCUAUGCGGGACAGCCAAGCGAGCCGUUGCUAGGUGCCACGACCAGGUCACGACCUUUUUGCAGCGCAUUCGAAAAUAUCAGAGUACUUUCGACUACGGCCAGAAUCCGAAUGCGCUCAAGGAGAUAGGGCAUGCGAUUCGUUGGAGAAUUGGGGAGAAGGAAGCACUCGAGCGUUUUCGAGCAGAGCUAGCAGGGACUACAUCGAGCCUUCAAAUGCUUAUGGUGACGGCUAAUACCACACUACUCCAGGUAAACCGAAAAGAGAUGAAACACGACCUGGACGAUGUGAUGCGCAGGAGCGACAAUGCUACUCUUUCGCAUGACGCAUCCCUUAGCGCCAUCAAAGACGGACUCGAGAACGCUAAUCGCAAUAUCGAAGCUGGAAACUCCAUUCUUGAAAAUCUAUCGGAAGCGAUCAAGCUUGGGUGGCUUCGGAACCUUGGUUGUGAACUCAUAGGAUUGAUGCGAAGUGCGAUGAUGGUCAACUUUGCGACGUACCGUGCGGUCAUUCAGAUACAAAAUGCUCUUCCUAGUCACUUGGACCGAGGACUCAUCGAAGAACCUAUGAUCUUGGAAGAUCCCAUCGGUCGCAUUACUCCUGUACAUCUACAAUUUAUUACUUCCUGGGAUGCAUUCCACUCCGUACUCGAGACGCGGUUCCAGAACAUUCCAGGGCAUAGUACAAUGAAGCAGCGAAGUUAUGGGUUGCAAGCCGGGGGCACAGGAAGAGAAAUUGAGUUGUCGCGUCCAUGGCAACAUGCUUUCCUACCUGGUCAGCGAGUUGAGAUG